CAAUAUACAUUACGUGUGACACCCGACCUAGUUUCACACACAGCCGACAUGGGCAUGCUGUACACCCGUCUCAUCCUCACAGUUGGAGCUCUCUUGGUGGACAUAUGUCACAAACACGUGGUUACUGCCCAAAACUAUCAGCUGAUGUCAUCAUGUGGGGGAUCUGUGCAGGCAGGGGGAAGCUGUACCCUGAUGUGUUACACAGGAGAAGCUUCACAUACAACUAUAGUGUGGCAGAAUGGAACUACAUUAUUCAGAGUAAGCCAGGGUAGCUGCAGCUCCACCUCCCCUUCUCUCCCAACUGACUACAUCACCUCCUGCCCCAGCUCCACCAACUACACCCUCACCAUCAACAACACCGUGUACGACAGAGGCAGACUCAGCUGGAGGUGUGACUAUCAGUUUGGAGGCAGACCUAGCAGCCAACUAAACAUAAGUGUUUUAGUUCCUCUGAGCAAUGUUACCAUCACAAGAACUACAAUGUCUAUAUCCUGUGUUGCUGUCUCCAAUCCACCGCCGUCCAUAACGCUGUACAGAGACGGGGUCAGUGUGGCCACCAGCCCAGUAGCAGUGGAGGGAUACACUGGCUGGACAGCCACCAUCAACUACCAGCUGACAGGCAACAGUGGGAACUCCCUGUACUACUGCCAGGCAUCCAACACACAGACAAGUGUCAACUCCACGUAUUCCUAUCCUGACAUUGCUGUCAGCAGCGUGUCUCUCACAACCAUCCCAUCCGCCAACCAGGAAGUGGGAGCUGCUGAGGGUCAACCCUUGACCUUGACCUGUGUGACCUCUUCCAGUUACCCUGCUGCUACUGUCACGUGGUACAAGAACAGUGUUCCGUUGGCAAGUGGGAUAUCCAGUGGUCACACAUCCCAAUCAGGUGUUGUCCAGACAACAAGUACCGUGACCAUCAUCCCUGUCAGGAGUGACCUGGGCCACACAGUCUACUGUAGAGCCACCAACAUCCACACCCCCUCCCCAGUACAGUCUGACAGUGCCCGGAUGGGAGUGUGGUUCGGACCAGAGCAGGUGGAUGUGACAAAGCCAGACAACACUGUAGCUUUAGAGAACAGAAACCUGACCUUGACCUGUACGGUCACCGCUUAUCCCAACAUGACCUUCACCUGGGACUACAUUGAUGGAACACCUGUAGGUGGCAGCACAGGGCCUGUGACAGGAUCUUCUACAUGGUGGUCCCAAACCCUCACCUUCAGCCCAACUAAAGACAGGACCGCAGUGAGGUGUAAGGUCAGAAACACCAAAACAUCAGAAACCCAGACUGGUUCUGCAUCACUUGAUGUCAAGUACCCACCGCCGGCCCCUCCUUCCAUCACAGAAUUUCAGACUCUGAUGUUUGAAGGAGACCCAGAGACAAUCAGCUGCUCGGUGACAGGAGGAAAUCCUCUAGCUACUAUCACGUGGUCCUGUCCCGGCACUGGAUCAGCAUCGAUCAGUGACAGUGGUCAGACCAGGACAUCUACUCUCUCCUUCACUGUCAGCAGGAGUCAGAACAGUCAGCAGUGUCAGUGUCAGGGGGCAUGGCAACAUGGAGGAUACAACCAAUCUGAUGUCAGGACAUUCAAUGUUAGCUGUCCAAAGAGACAGCAACCACUCAAUGCCGAAUAUAACAUCACAGGUGUAAUAGCAGGAAGUACGAUAGGAACCCUCCUUCUUACCUUGCUGAUUGAAGGACUAGUUCUGACUGUCCUCUAUAGGAAGGGGUUCAGGUUUGGAAACAUUUUGAAAGGAACUGCUUCACAAAAAAGCACAAGGAAUCCCGAAAUAGAAGAAAUGGAAAACAUAGGAUAUUCAUCCUUGGAUCACGUCAACAGUCCAGCUCAGUACCCAAGCGAUAAAGAGGCGUCGGAAAAACAACAUUACACACAGUUGAAGAUUUAUGAAAAUACAAACGUUUCAGUCGAGCCCAAAUCAGAGACAAGUACAUACGAAGACAUGACAGAAGCUCCUCCAGAGUCCAUCAACGCAUCUCCAUAUCAGAAUAGCGGCGUUCAAUCUCGAGUUUCAGAUCCUGACUAUGGGAACAAGUAAACAAGAAGCAGAUGUGAAGAUAUCACUGGAAGGGAAAACACAGAGCGUGAACUGAAAAUUAUGUUUACCUUUCAUAUAGUAUAUUUUUUAUGUCAACAUAUGACUGUUAUCUUAUAGAAGUUGCCUUUAUCAUUCAAUAUGCAAAAGAAAUGGGACGCCCAAGCAGGUAUCAAUAAAUUACAUGAAAUGAAACCAAAUAUUGGUUACACCUACUUGGGCUAUCAGUCCAGAUUUGAAGAGGUCAUCAUGCGACGAUGUCAUAUUGGCCAUUCGAGAUAUACCCACGAGUAUUUGUUAAAAGGUGAGGAUCCUCCGUUUUGUAUCCUUUGUGAUGAAAGAAUCACGGUCAAGCAUGUCCUGCUUGACUGUAUUGAUCUUUCCAUCACAAGGGAUAAAUAUUUCAGUGUCAAAACAGUCAAGGACCUUUUAGUAAAGUUAAUUCUCAUUUAAUACUAUGUUUUUAAAAAGAAAUAUAACUUAUUCAUCAAUUUUGAUGUAUUUACAGUAUUGUUUUAAAUAUUGGUAGUGCUAAUUCAUAACUUUGAUUGUUAGUGGCUGUACCUUCAAGGGGGGUUGAAGUAGGGUAAAAUUAUUGUUCCCCUAAGGGGGUAUGUAAGUCCCACAUCAUUCGAAGUAUUUAUAUGCAUGCCAGCAUUUUAACAUGUAGAAUUUUCGUCAUUUUAAUGUUAGGCUUAACUGGUAAGGUAUCGCCUGUGACUGAAGGGAUGAUAUAAAUCCAACCAGGGUCCAUGCAGGAAGCAAAGGCACUGUAAGUCCCCAUGAUCCAUGGUAUGGUGAUCUGCCUUUACUUACUGACGAUCUCUAGCCCAUUUUUUAUAUUGUUUUGUUAAUUCUUUCUGCUUUAGAAUUUUCCUCCACUAGUUUUAAAUAGACUCUGUGAUAUUCUAGUUAUUGUACUGUCCUUUGGUGACAGGUUUUUAUGAAGUCUACAUAUAUGUGUUAUUAAUGUAUUACUUCUCGUCACGAUAUGGUUGAAAUAUUGCCGAUGUGACGUUAAAUAUUAACUCACUCACUAUCAUUCAAUAUAUUAUUGCUUUGCAUUAUAUUGACAUAUAAAAGAUAGCUACGCAAAAAUACACAAACGACAAUGAAGAACAAAGCGUGGUGUAUUACACGAUAAACACAUUGUUAUAUUAUGACCUCAUUUCUGGAGAUUCGAGCAUGCGCUCAUCACUUGAUGAGUUCGUAUAUUUGAUGAUGUUAUUAUGGAGAGGGGAUCCGGAGUGUCUAGUGAUUUGUGUCCCAUGGAUGAAGAUGGACAACGCAGAUAAACCCGAUCGCCCAACGAUGGCACCCAAAAGCGUGACAAUCGGUUUUUUUGGAAAAAGGUAAAGAUAAUCAACUCUACGAUUGCAAGAGUAUACGAGAUCUACCGACCUGUGCAUAACAUGGACAUGAACGAUAUUGCCGUGGUCGGAUUUUAUUGAGGGAGUCAUCAUUAUCGAAUAAUGUGUAAACGUAUUUUAAAAUUGCACAAUUUUAUCAUCACUCUUCGAGAGGCUGUCAAUAAUAUUGAUAUCAAAUUUGCAAUAUAAACGAUAAUAAUUAUUGGUCGUUGUUUAUCAUAAAAUAAAACACUGCACCCAUCAUGGUUUCUUCUCCCUGCACUGCACUCCCUGACGUCAUUUAUUUCUUAUACAGCACAACAUAAUGUUAUAUCUCCAACACUUGCAUGGGCUUUACGUGACUGACACAAAUUUUAUAGUACUAAAUUUCUGUGACCCCUUUUAAUAACUUUGUUUACAAAAAGUUGAUACCUUACCUGUUUAGCAGAUGAGCACAUGCGAGGAGACUGACUAUGAAUGAUCUCCAAAAGCAAAAUUUUUGACCGUUUAUAGCGCUCCUAUUUAGUGCUUAAAACAUUGUAAGAGUUCACUUAUAGUCUGAAAUGAGAUCCUGCCAGGUGAGCUAGCCUACCAAAAUUAACAUUUCAAUCUCAUACUUUCAUAUGACUACACCCUUCCAUUUGUGCUUGUCCAGCGUUACCACUGGCUUAUUUACAGGGAUCAACUUCCUAAAGUCAUUAAGACUGAUACCGGCGAUAAUCGUCCACGAUUAUGAGCUAUUGAUCAGAUUGCUUGAUAUACAAACAUGUCUGUGAGCCCUAGUUAUGCUAUUUCACACUCUGUGCGGUCCAUAAACACACACACCUGACUGAUCAUUACGGUAAUAGCAGCCAAGUGUGUUGUUGCGACUGUAAAUUUACAUUGUUCAAUCAUUUGAGCGUAAAACGUGUUGUUUCGUCGAUAAACAUAUUUAAAUGUCACAAAAUGUGAAGUAAAGGCAACUACAUAAUGAAUGACAAAGUUUGCCAUUAGCUUUGAUCGUCCAAGUAAUAUAGUGGUAUAUAUGUUAGUUCGGUGUUUUGGUGUUCUCGUUGUGCCUUACUUUUAAGGACACAUAGACAUGGCUUAACGUUGUAUAUGAUUCAGUAUCGCAUUUUAUUACAUAUUUUGCUUACUAUAGGUUAUAAAGAGGCACCUUCAUUGCCUUGUUUGUUUUGGAUCCAAUACUUACAGGAAAUAAACAGUGAUUCACA